UUUGUUGCGACGAACGCGCGCGCUCCCAAUCGGACUCCACGUCGUACGUGCGCGUUACCGAGAAGCUGUAACCAAGAUGGCGUCCGUCGCCGGAUCAAUUGUCGUGGUACCCCGCAAUUUCCGGCUGCUGGAGGAAUUGGAAGAUGGCCAGAAAGGAUAUGGAGAUGGCACAGUUAGUUGGGGCCUUGCCUCUGAUGACGACAUGACCCUCACUCACUGGAAUGCCACAAUUAUUGGCCCCGCCAAGACGGUGUUUGAAGGGAGAAUAUACUGUCUGAAAAUCGAAUGUGGGUCCAAAUAUCCAGAGCAUCCUCCUCAAGUACGCUUUUUGACCAAGAUCAACAUGGUGGGAAUACACACAUCAAACGGUCUGGUGGACGUGAAGGCCCUAACCUCUUUGAGCAAGUGGAAAAACAAUUACAACAUGCGUGUGGUGCUCCAGGAGCUCAGACAACAUAUGACGUUGAAAGAGAACUGCAAGCUUUCCCAGCCACCUGAAGCCCUAACGUACAACUGAUGCACCUGCCGCCUACACCCUCUCCCCUUCAUCUACACACACACACACACACACACACACACACACACACACACACACACACACACACAUACACACGUAUACGCACACACGCACACACAAACACACUGAGAGUUCAGAGCCCACAUACUCAACACUGGCUAAACCACUUAGGCUACACAAGGGUCAUUUUAUCCAAGAGUCACUGGUCUGAAGCAUCCCAUUGGACAGCGUGGGAAUGUACAGGUGGCUUCUUCACCCAGUUGCCCAUGUUGGUCCUUGGAGCAGACAUGACCUUACAAUCCAUUAAACGUGUUCUACUUCACGAUUGUAAAGUAACCAUGUGCAUACUGAUUGUGUGUUGGUACUGUGGUGAGGGGUUUGUAAUGGAUGUUCUACGUUCAGACCAUUCCACGGUUUGUUUUCUUCACAACAAAAAAAUUGCUGUAUGUCUCAACUUUACUCCCGUUUCCCAAAUAAUACGCCACUUUGGUCAGAAAGGCUAUUUCAGUCUCCAUUGAGUUCCCCCAUUCCUGCAAUCCCAAAGAUGUGAAUUUGUCAGGGCUUCCUGAGCAAAGGAGCAUGUCUGAUACGUGGAGGGGAGUGGGUGGGGGGGAGGGGGACUACGAGGGUAACAUUCAGCAAUUUAUCAGAAAGCACUGCAGGCUGGUCACUCAUGUCUGAAGGCGUGUGUUUGUGUGUCAUUUGGUUCAUCGUGCUUUGUGAUAGAUUUGGAGCAAGCUGUUUGAGGUGAGAGGGUUGGUGGAAAGUCUUCCUCUUCAGAAAACAAGUGUGUGUGCUUGGCACUUUUCAGGAUUGCCACUUUGCCAUAGCUUGUGCUGACUUCUAAAAAAAAAAAAAAAAAGUUUCUGUUAUUUUAUUUUAGGGCGAGGGGGUGUUCUUGUUUUGGUUUCUCUAGUUUCCGGGCUGACCUACGUGUACUCCCUGAAGUAGUCUCUCAUGUAGUGAGUGCCCACUGAGCAAUGUAUGGCUUUGGAUGUUUAUUUUAUAACAGAGUUCAAUCAGGGUGAUGGGGACCUGUUGCAUGGUUUUGUUUGAAUUAAAUGUUAUUACUUUUG